AAUAAUGGUCAACUUUGCUUCUAUAAUUUUUGCUCGUCCGGUUGCUUUUUCUCCUAUAAUAUAUCUGCGCGUGACGCGGUCGCGAAAAGGUCGCGCUUGCCUUCUGCCGUUGCCAUGACAAUCUAGCCUGAAAACAUUGUUUCAACUAGCUCAAACCGCCCGCAUGGACAUCCUCGCAAUACCCACGAAACAAUCGAUAAGUGCACUGACAGUUUGCUCAAUUCCACGAUUCCAUCCCACCUCAGCAUUGCUACGUCGAUCAUACGCAAAUCACUUCAAUUGGCGCUUGAUUUUGCUCCUUCGGCAUCCGACUCUUGGUCUCUGGCGCGAAGAUCUCCACUCCGCGAUUGACGGACACAACGGCUGGCUCAUCCAAGACGAACAUGGCUCGAGUGACCCGAUCGAAGAAAAUCGAAAUCGCUGAAGAUCGUACUGCUAUUGCAAUCCAGACACCGUUGCCGGACAUACCUAAGAAGCAGCCAGAAGCGCUCACGGAAAUCCACAAUACGAUGGGAGCAGCCAAUCUCGCCACGGACGACAACGUGGUAGCAAAAGAAUUGAAGAACCUGAAGGCUGCGUAUCGCAGUGCCCUUGGUGGUGGGAAGAGGGGCAAGAAACCAAAGGGACGUAAGAACAACAAACAAGACUCGCAAGCGGACUCGGAGGAGACUUUGGACAGUCAGGGACCUGCUCUUGAGGAUUCUCCGGGCCCAGCCAUCAAUCUUGUUCCUGGUGCGACUCGUCAAUUGCUUCAAAGUCGCGAAGAAGAUCUUUCUGCGAGCCAAGAGCAGCAGACAAAUCCCGCUCCAGCUGUUCGUCAAACCCGCCGGCAGAUGGCAAUGGCACAAGCAGCGGAGGAAGCAUUGUCAAAGUCUAUGCGAGAGGCCACGGUGGAGGUUGUGGAUAAUGAUUCAUCAACUGAUGGCGAAGAUGUAGCAGAUCGAUGUUGUACAAAAAAUACCACGGCAACUCAUACCCCUGGAAAGUCACCGGUCAAGACACUUGAGGAAGUUGAGCGGGCUUGCGCAUUGUCGGAAGAUGCAAGACCCGCAGAAGACGGAGGCGAGGACUCCUUUGUGAAGCAGAUCACUUGUCGCUCUCCCGCAAAGCCAGUUUCGCGCAUCGAAGAUUCUGUUGAGGCUUUGGAUAAAUUGGAAGAAGCUCUUGAGGCUCUCGAUCAGGUUGCCAUGGCCGAGAGAAUGCUUUCACCAGAGGAGCUGAAGGAGAAAGUUGCGCAAGUCAAGGCUCAAGACUCCGUUGACCCGAGAGAGAAGCGGAAGGUUGUGAAAGAGACGGAGGCCAAAGGUGCUAGGAAGCAGACAUCCACGAAAGGACAACCGGUGAAGCCUGGCUACGCAUCCAUGAGGGUCAAACCAACAGUUGCAAAGCAACCGGUCGUCAAGAAGGCCAGCUCUAUGAUAUUUAAGCCAGCUGCAGAGAGCACAAAGUCAGAUGAGGAAUGUCCAAAGACCCAACCAUCUGCUAAAGCACCAGUCAAAACCAAACGUCCAGUUAGUCUUCUGCCACCCAAAGAGCCUGCCAAAUCCACCAAGCCACCGACUCGACCCACAUUCCAACUCCCCGGUGAAGCGGUGGCUCAAAAGUUGAAGGAAAAGCGUGAAGCUCGUCUCGCUCAACGCGAAUCCAGCGAGGACAGUUUCCAUACAGCACGGGUGGUUUCAGGACCGAAGAUCAAGUCUACAAAGCCUCCUACCAGGCCAACCUUCGUUCUUCCAGGAGAAGCGGUAUCCCAACGGAAGCGAGAGGCCCAAGAGGCGAAAUUGCGGGCACAAGAAGAGGAGGAGCGUAAGCGCAGAGAGUUCAAAGCUAAACCAAUUCGCAACAGUAUUUUGCCCGAUUUUGUCCCUCGCGAAACAGUUGCUAGUCUUGCACGACGAAGCAAGAUUGGUGUCGAGGGUAUGGACUUGGGAGACUUUGCUGGCUCUAAGAGAGGCUCUCUUAUCGUCGGAGGUCAUCGCCCUUCUCUCUCACAGGCCACAAUGGCCAACACUUCUGCUCCGCGUACGAAGGCCCCAGUCCCUGUUCGAAAGCCGUCACCAACUACCUACGGUCCAUCCAUGAGUGGCAAGGCCCUGCAACGCAGCGUCUCCGUCACGGAUGUCCAGGUUCAGCGUCAGCGUGCAAAGGAAAUCUAUAACCGGGACAACAAGAUGGCUGAAGAUAUCGAGAGGGAGAAGAGAGAGCGUGAGGCUGCUGCUAAGCGCGCCAGAGAGGAGGCAGCCGAGAGAGGACGACAAGCGAGCCGAGAGUGGGCAGAGAAGCAACUGGCGAAGAAGAUGGCUGCUGGUGACAAGGGAAUGAGCGCUGGUUAUGGUCCUGGUGGUCAGAUGGGAUUGAAGGCAUGAGCUUUGGGCUUACAAGUCCCUCAGUCUUGUGGUAUUAUCAAUCUUCCCAAGUGUUGCGGUUCGGUUUCAGUUUUCGUCAAUGAUGACCUCAAAGCGUAUGCGUUAGGAGUUGUCUGACUAUUUUCAUACCUUUUUGCUUUCUGGGAGCGGGCAUGUGGCGUUUACUUUUUUAUGCUCAUGCUCAUGUUCUUUAUCGGAAGUCCGUUAUGAGGAGUCUUGUGUCUUUCUGGACAUAGGUUUCAUCGGAGGAGUGAGGGGUCAUUCAGUUGACGCUGUAGGAUUAUCGUUUACGGGGUUGGUUGACAUUGUUCAAGUAGUAGUUUUCUGAGGAAGAAAUACAAAUUAUUCAAUGAGGUGUUG